CAGUCACUGUUUUUCAGCUCAGAGACAGGAGAAGGAGAAGCAGCAGAUGAUCAGUUGGAAGGCUGAGGGUUACAGAGCCGACGAUGCCUCGCAGCCAACACACAAGUCUGCUGGUGGCAGUGGUUGUACUUUUCCUCUCUGACACAGACACCCAGUGCAGAGCUGAACAUGGAUUGUCCUCAGUUUCUUUACCAGAGUUGAGGCCAAACUCAGACUAUGUUACACACUGUUUCUUCAAUCAGCAAAGUGGCCCAGUGUGUGACUGGACGAGGAGCCAACAAGGAGAAGUAAAUAUUUUAGAAAGUGCUCCACUGGGGCUUGAGGGAGAUGCCUGUCUGGAGUUUUGGUACCUGGUUCCUACUGGACUUCAUGGGUCUGAGCUACGAGCUAACCUCAAAAGCGGCGCUGGUCUGACAGAAGUCUGGAACUCUCCUGCUCCUCCGAGAAACUCAUGGAGACAAGUGUUCGUCCCUCUUACAAUCACACCACAGACACAGGUUGUGCUCGAAGCCACAUCACCUGAGGGUCAGAUUUCAUUCGACCGCAUUGGCGUAAGAAGAGGCUUGUGUGGACCUCAGUGUGAAUCUAACACAGAGUUGUGGACAGAUGAGUUCACGCUCUGCACCUGUUCUGGGGGCCAGUUCUCCUGUUUCCCCUCUCGAUGCCCACAGGGACAAAUCUGUGGUUCUCAAAGCAAAGUCUCCACUGAGACCACCGCCACUGGGAUGUGUACGAUACACAGUCACACAGAGUUCAGUACCUUUGAUGGAGUGUUCUUUCGCUUCAUCUCCGCCUGCACCUACUUGCUGGCCACGACCUGCUCACGCAGCGAUGCUCUGUCCGAGUUUAGCGUGGAGGUGGUGAAUGCACCGGAAGGGAUCUCAUCACAGUCAUCCAUCCAGCAGGUUAAUGUGGAGACACAGAACUUCAGAGUGUCCUUUUUGAAAUGGCAGACACAACGGGUGGUGGUUAAUGGAGUAUGGAGAAACCUUCCACUGAACCUCAAUGGUGGCCAGAUCAGGAUCAACAGCAAUCCAGCCUCUGUUGUACUGGUGACUGCAUUUGGUCUGAAAGUCUCAUUUGACAACGCCGGUGCUGUACAUGUUGAACUGCCAUCCAAAUAUUCUGACAAGGUCUGUGGGUUGUGUGGAAACUUCAACCACUUUGGAGGAGAUGACCUUCAAAUGCCUGGUGGGAUAUUGGCUCCUGAUGCUACAGCUUUAGCUGAGAGCUGGCAGACUGGGCCAAGCACCUCCUUCUGUGAAACUAUUCAGGUUCCUCAUGACUGUGACCCACAGGAGAAGGCUGAGUAUACCAGUCAGGCCCGCUGUGGGCUCCUUCUAUCCAGGACUGGACCUUUUGCAGAUUGCCAGUUAGCCUUAGGAUCAGAGAGUUAUUUUAGGGGCUGUUUGCUCAGUAUGUGUUCCACCCAUGGUGACCCUGCAGUGCUGUGUGAGACAUUACAGGCCUACAGUAUUGUCUGCGAGGAGGCUGGAGUCACUGUACCCAAGUGGAGGAACUCCACAAUCUGCCAAGGAUUUCCUGGAGUACCUGGUGAUAUGGUGGUUCCACCCAGAAAUGCAGGCUUCCACUCAAGCUGUAAUUUUGACUGUAGCUUCGACAGAGACCUUUGUAACUGGAAUCAGAUGAUGACUGAUGUAAUUGACUGGAAAUGGCACCUUGGUUCCACACCUACCCAGAUGACUGGGCCCUCUGCUGACCACACUGGUGGUGGUCAUUACCUGUACAUCGAGGCCAGUGGUGCAACCCACGGAGACACUGCUCGUCUCAUCAGCCCUGAGUGUUAUGACCCAGGUCCUCAGUGUCUGCAGUUCUGGUACCAUAUGCACGGCUCAGGGGAUACAAUGGGCCUUCAGGUUUACCUGGUCCAGAACAGAACGGCAAAUGCUGUUUGGCUGAAAAGGAAUGACCAGGGAAAUGUGUGGAACUUAGCUCAGGUGGACUUCAGUACAUCUGGAGCUUUCCAGAUCAUUUUUGAAGGGCGCAGAGGUUCCAAUGAACAGUCUGAUGUGGCCAUAGAUGAUAUAUCUCUUCGUCGUGGACACUGUGAAGAACUGUCUGAAAGAACUACACCUGUUACAAACGUCCCAUCAGCAAGCAAUCCAUCAGUGACACCUGAUAAACUAUCAACAACACCAGGACUAUCAAUAACCACUGACCAGGAGACACCUGAAACCUCAGAACUACCAUACCCUGAAACUACAGUAUCACCAAACACUGCAACUACAGAUGUAACAGACAUGGAAACAACAGCAAGAACGCAACCUUCAUCAACUACCCCUAAACCAAAUCAGUCAACUACCACAGAUGAACUACAUUCAACCACAUCAGCUAGACCGAAUCCUCCAACCACAACAGACAGACCACACCCUCCAACCACUACAGUCAGACCACCUCCUCCAACAACUACAGCCACCCCACAUCCUCCAACCACAACAGCCAGCCCACCCCCUCCAACCACAACAGCCAGACCCCGUCCUCCAACAACAACAGACAGACCACGUCCACCAACAACUACAGCCAGACCCCGUCCUCCAACAACAACAGCCCGACCACCUCCUCCAACCCCAACAGGCAGACCAAAUCCUCCCACAACGACAGACAGCCCGACCACCUCCUCCAACCCCAACAGGCAGACCAAAUCCUCCCACAACGACAGACAGGCCACGUCCCCCAACAACAACAGACCGACCACGUCCUCCAACCACUACAGCCAGACCGCGUCCUUCAACCACUACAGCCAGACCGCGUCCUUCAACCACUACAGGCAGACCACGUCCUCCAACCGCAACAGGCAGUCCACGUCCUUCAACCACAACAGCCAGACCACACCCCCCACCAACUACAGCAGGCAGACCAAAUCCACCAACCACAACAGACAGACCACACCCGCCAACAACUACAGUCAGGCCACGUCCUCCAACAACAACAGCCAGACCCCGCCCCCCAACCACAACAGAAAGACCACGUCCUCCAACCACUACAGCCAGACCGCGUCCUCCAACAACUACAGUUGGACCACGUCCUUCAACCACAACAGACAGACCACCCCCUCCAACAACUACAGCAGGCAGACCAAAUCCUCCAACAACGACAGACAGACCACGUCCUCUAACAACUACAGUCAGACCACGUCCUCCAACCGCAACAGGCAGUCCACGUCCUUCAACCACAACAGCCAGACCCCGUCCUCCAACAACAACAGCCCGACCACCUCCUCCAACCCCAACAGGCAGACCAAAUCCUCCCACAACGACAGACAGGCCACGUCCCCCAACAACAACAGACCGACCACGUCCUCCAACCACUACAGCCAGACCGCGUCCUCCAACAACUACAGCCAGACCACACCCUCCAACAACUACAGCAGGCAGACCAAACCCCCCAACCACAACAGCCAGCCCACCUCCUCCAACCACAACAGCCAGACCACACCCCCCACCAACUACAGCAGGCAGACCAAAUCCUCCAACAACGACAGACAGACCACGUCCUCUAACAACUACAGUCAGACCACGUCCCCCAACCACAACAGCCAGCCCACCUCCUCCAACCACAACAGCCACCCCACCCAGACCGCGUCCUUCAACCACUACAGCCAGACCACACCCUCCAACAACUACAGCAGGCAGACCAAACCCCCCAACCACAACUGCCAGACCAAAUCCUCCAACAACGACAGACAGGCCACGUCCCCCAACAACAACAGACAGACCACGUCCACCAACAACUACAGCCAGACCCCGUCCCCCAACCACAACAGCCAGCCCACCCCCUCCAACCACAACAGCCAGCCCACCCCCUCCAACCACAACAGAAAGCCCACACCCUCCAACCACAACGGGCAGUCCAUGUCCUUCAACCACAACAGACAGACCACCCCCUCCAACAACUACAGCAGGCAGACCAAACCCCCCAACCACAACUGCCAGACCAAACCCUCCAACAACGACAGACAGGCCACGUCCCCCAACAACAACAGACAGACCACGUCCACCAACAACAACAGCCAGACCCCGCCCCCCAACAACUACAGCCAGACCUCGCCCCCCAACCACAACAGGCAGUCCACGUCCCCCAACCACAACAGACAGACCACACCUUCCAACAACUACAGCCAGACCCCGUCCUCCAACAACAACAGCCAGACCCCGUCCUCCAACAACAACAGCCCGACCACCUCCUCCAACCCCAACAGGCAGACCAAAUCCUCCGACCACAACAGGCAGUCCACGUCCUUCAACCACAACAGACAGACCACACCUUCCAACAACUACAACCAAAUCCUCCAACAACGACAGACAGGCCACGUCCUCCAACAACUACAGUUGGGACCACGUCCUUCAACCACUACAGCCAGACCACGUCCUCCAACCACAACAGCCAGACCACGUCCUCCAACCACAACAGCCAGACCACGUCCUCCAACAACUACAACCAGACCUCGUCCACCAACAACUACAGCCAGACCACGUCCACCAACCACUACAGCCAGACCACGUCCUCCAACCACAACAGAUAGACCACGCCCUCCAACCACAACAGACAGACCACGUCCUCCAACAACUACAGCCAGACCUCGUCCUCCAACCACAACAGGCAGACCACAUCCUCCAACAACGACAGACAGGCCACGUCCUCCAACAACAACAGACAGACCACGUCCACCAACAACUACAGUCAGACCACGUCCUCCAACCACAACAGAUAGACCACGCCCUCCAACCACAACAGACAGACCACGUCCUCCAACCACAACAGCCAGACCACGUCCUCCAACCACAACAGCCAGACCACGUCCUCCAACAACUACAGCCAGACCUCGUCCUCCAACCACAACAGCCAGACCACGUCCUCCAACCACUACAGCCAGACCACGUCCUCCAACAACUACAGCCAGACCUCGUCCUCCAACCACAACAGGCAGACCAAAUCCUCCAACAACGACAGACAGGCCACGUCCUCCAACAACAACAGACAGACCACGUCCACCAACAACUACAGCCAGACCACGUCCACCAACCACUACAGCCAGACCACCUACUACAGCUCUUCCAACACCUUCUUGUCCAAAGAACAGUCACUACACCACAUGCGUCCCUGCUUGCAGUCCGACCUGUGCAAACCUAAACGGCCCUCCAAAUUGCAAGAACAACGACAGCUGUGCACCAGGAUGUGUCUGUAAUAAUGGGUUUGUGCAGAAACUCUGGCGUUGUGUACCCAUUAGAGAGUGUGGUUGUGUUGAUCAUGACGGCAACAAACACCAGUUUAAUGACAUUUGGUACACUGACCACUGCAAGGAGAAAUGCGAAUGUGAAAAAGAUGACGGUUUAGGUGAGAUCGAAUGUGAUGAUGACGAGAAUUGUGAAGGAGAUGAAAUAUGCCUCCAAAAUGACAUGGGUGACUACUACUGCAAGUCUACAGACUUCAGUGAAUGUAGUGUAAGAGCAGACCCCGAGUACAGAACCUUUGAUAAAAUGAAGCACAACUUCAGGGGAGACCAUUCGUAUGUUCUGGUCCGGACCAAAAACUUGCCAAACAACCUUCCAGAUGUCUACAUUGUUGGUGUCAACUCAGAGCCAGAAGAAAGUGAUGAAGAUAGUGAAGAGGAUCAUGACAACAACAGUAGUGAAGAAAGUCGCAUAGUUGACAAUGAAGAUGUAGAUGAUGAAGAUGAAGACAACAGUGAUGAAACACGUGAUGCUGACAGUAAAAAUGAAGGCAGUCGUUACAAGCUCCAAGAGCUUAAGGUCGUCGUUUACAAUCACACUGUGGAGUUAAAGAAGAAUCGUAAACUGUAUGUGGAUGGAAGAAAAACUAAAACGCCCGCCUCACCAAGUCCAGGUCUGAGCCUCAGUGUGCGCUCCUCUCGGAUGUACCUGAGGACUGACUUUGGACUCACAGUGGAGUUUGACGGACGCAACAAAGCUGAAAUUACCCUGCCACACAUAUAUAAACGGAGAGUAGGAGGUCUUUGCGGGAACUUUGAUGGUCAAAUGAGGAACGACCAGAUAAAGCCGGACGGUUCCAGGGCCAGGAACAUACAAGAGUUUGGAGAAAGCUGGCAGGUGUAGAUUGGGGUGUUUCCAUCUUUCUUUCUCAUCCUUUUCAGGACAAAUAAGAUUCACUUUUCAUACUCUGUCCUUUUUAAUUCAGUCUAAUUUCUCAUAAGUUAAGCUUUAUUUCAAAUUAUCUAUUUUGGGUUUGUAUGACAGAUUCUAGAGAUACACUAAUCUGUGUUACCAUUUUGCCUUUGCUAAGCAAUGCUAUUUAUCCCAAAGAGAUUAUAUUAGGUGUAAGAUAAUCUCUCCGUGAUACAGAGACUGUCUAUUGAACAGUACAAUAGUGUGUAAUGAGAACACUUCUGUACACAUUGACUGGAAUAAAGGAAUAUCAGGAA